AUGAAAAGAAGCAUACUUCUUCUAAUAUACUUUUAUUUGAUUUUUACGAGAAUUAAAUGUGAAUGCUUAAAAAUAAAUAAAAUAACAUGGAAACACCAUUUUUGUGUAACAAACAAACCGUAUUUUUGCACAACAAGCAAAUCGUAUUUUUGUGUAACGAGCAAACCGAAUUUCUGCACAAUAAGCAAAAGUGAUAGAAAAAGGUCAGAAUCAUCUGAAAAGAGUCUGAUUCAUAAUAAAAACAAUGAUAAAAAUGAUACAAAAAAAUUAAGCGAAAAUAAAAAGGAAAAGAAAUUUCUACAUUUUAGGAAUAAUAAAAAAGUGUCAGUUAACCCAUUAUUUGAUUCACUAUGUAGAAGUGUAAGUGUUAGUGAAACGUGCUUAUAUAAUGUGCAAAAUUUUUUUAAUGAAGUAAAUUACAACAAUCUUAAAAAUAAGAAUCUAGAUGAUAAUAAUUUGUUCUGUGGUAUAUUAUAUGGUAAAUAUGAAGAAAAUAAUGAGAUAGUUAAAAUCGAAAAUGUAUUUUUUUCUAUGAACAAUAAGUCAGAACAGAACUAUGAUGUGAAUUAUCUACUAUAUAGUGAAGACAGAAAGAGAGCUGAUUUGCUAGCUAAGAUGUUAGGUUUGGAAGUUGUUGGUUUCCUUUAUGCUUAUCCUGACAUUGGUAUAGACAUCAGUAUGUCUAAUAAAAAAAAAAAGAAUUUUAUUAAAUUAAAUAAGAAAAUGAAAAUGCUUAAUUAUGAAGAUAAUGAACUGUUCAUACCUAUGGGAGGAAAGGAAGUUUUAUUAUCCUUAAUGGUUAUGAAAGAAGUUUUAAAUAAACCAAAGGUGGGUGAUAAACUAAAGGAAGGCGGGGAGUUACAUCAACAUGAAAAGGUAAGAAAUGAAAAGCAUAGUAGCAGCACUAAUGAACAUACUAUCAUUUCUGCAAUUGGGGUGAAAAGAAAAAAGGGAAUGUAUGAUGACAACACAACAAAUGAACAUGAUAAAAAGCAGAAAAGUUUGAAAAAAAAAAAAAUACCUAAUGCUUAUGUAAAACCGUUUAUCACUCUAACUGUUGGUAUGAAUAAAAAUUCUGAGUCCAUCAUAGUAGAAGCUUAUGAAAUUAAUUAUGAUUUGCUUAAAUUAAUAAAUAAUGAUAUGAUAAAAGAUAUGAGAAAACAAAAUAGUAUACUACAAUUUGAGAAAAAAAACAAUGAAAAAGAAAUGAAAAUAAAAAACUUUGAUAGCGAAAUAGAUAUUAUGAAUGAGUUAUAUUUAAAAUGUAAAGACAAUGUCCUUAUUAAAAAAAUGGAGUUAAAAAAAAUUGAUGUUUUAUUUUGUGUAAAUAAUGUACCUAUAUUUUCUCAUAAAAGUAGUUAUAAUUACUUUUUCCCUUAUCCUAGUAAUACGAAUUAUUAUAAUAUUUUACAAAAGUUUAAUAACAUGAUAAAAACAUUACGUCAUACAAAGGACAUUGUUCAUAUUUUCAGGGAUUUGAAUUUUCUUUUUUUUUUAACCAAUAUUUUCUCCAUUGAACAUGAUAUGCCUCAUAUUUGUAAAGCCGUAAAUAACCUGAACGAUUCCACGAAAAUACCUGAUCAGUACAUACAAAUUUUGAAAAAUUUGUCAAAAAACGCGAACUCUUUGGCUUGA